UGAUAUUUUUUCUUCUUUCUGGAUAUAUAUAUCUUUUUUCCCCUCGUUCAUUCUCGAAAUCAGAAUUUGGUGAAUUUUUUUCACAACUUCAUCGAAUUCUGAUUUCACAAUCCAAGCAUUAAGAAAAAUGUUUGGUCGAGAAGGGGUUCCUAUGGUGUUACUGACUGAUAAUGGUUCUCAUUUUGCUGCAAAUGCAGUCACUACCUGUUUGAAUGGUAUAGGGUGCAAACAUCUGUUUACUGCUCCCAGACAUCCGUGUUCUAAUGGUCAGGCAGAAAAUUUUGUCAGGACAUUAAAGACUGCUAUUGAUUCUAUAGCCGCCUCAACAUUUAAUGAGCUGGAGAGGGGAGUAGAUACCAUUCUACUGCAAUAUAGAAAUGCCAGACAUUCAGUGACGAAGGAGACUCCAUCAAAGCUAUUGAAAGGAAGAAUUCUUCGGUCGAAUAUGAGAUGUUUGGAGUCUGCAGAAGUUACAUACUGUCGAGGAAACGAUCUUCGAACAUCUACGAGUAUUGUUCUAAAGAAUGUCGGAAAGUCGAUGUUGCGAAUUCUAGAAGUCAAUGACUUAAGUAAACACAGUCGACAUGUUGAUCAAAUCCAAUUUCAGGAACCAGGUGAGUCAGUUCCAAUUCCGAUCGUUAAUUCUAAUACUAAUGAGUGCAUUCUAGAUAAUACAGAGUUUUUAUCCAAUACAAUGUUGGACAGACUCAGGAUAAAUUUGAGAAGAAGACGUACGAUUGAUUACAAACACCUAGACUCCAAUUUAAGCUGUGGCGGAUGUGGUUUUUGAACGAGCUAAUGAUUCUUUUGUACUUUUUGAAUGCUCGAUUUCGAAUUCUAGAUACAAUACAUUCGUUCGUGCUUAUGUCGAACUUCUUGAUUCAAUUGCGUUAUUUCUGGG